GGAAUCGUCAGCAUGGCAACUCGAAAGCAGAAGAUUCUGGAAGAUCUGGAGGAAUUACAAGCUACUUGCAGGAAUGGCACAUUUCCUCAACUUGAACGAACUGACUUCAAUGACGACACGUUGAUCUUCGAGGUUCAAAAUGUGGGCGAAUUUACCGCCUGCUUAGCAGAUCCCUAUCCUUCAGGAGAGACAGAGGUUUACGGACCUGGUGAUUUCGAGUUCCGCUCGGCAGGGACGAUCUUAGACGUCAUUUUAGGUGUCCUCGAAGAGGUCGAUGAUCCCGAGUCGCCCAGUGGAGUGGAUGCCUCCUGCGCCUCCUGGAUCGUCUCGGAGAUGGCGCCUGAGGCCUCCUUGGAUCACGACGUGCGCGCGGCACAGAAGAUGCUGGGAGACUCCGCGGUGAUGCUGACGCAGCUGGGCAUAGAAUAUUGGCGCGUGCGGCUCUUGGUGAAGGUUCAGCACCAGAAUUUGAGCACGAGUGUAUGUUCGGCCUGGGGGCUAGAUCCCAGACUACCUCUUUGUGUAGAGCUUCGCUUGCCCACCUCUGGCUACACCUUCGAGUCAGUGGGCAGGUGUGUGGUGCAACGGAUUACACAAGAAGGAUUUGAGGACUUCGCACUCGAGUCUCAGUUGGUGCAAAUUCUUGGAGAUUUCUGCCAGCUGUGUCGGGAUGGCUCUUGGAAGAAUUGGUCACAAGAUUCUGUGGAGGUUCCCGAAACCGAUUCGGAAGAGAACCAACUCUACUACGAGUCCAAAAAGAAACGGCUGAUUGUAGACGCGAUGAACAACAAAAACUCUGGCUUCCUGGUGUGCUUAGCAAAUUACUUGCAGCUUCGAGUGCCAACCAUGCACGAGUUUUGUGCGAUCUGUGACAAGGCCUUUAAGCAACCACCCAUGAUGAUGAGGACUGUUUGUGCGGAGGAGCUUUGUACCUAUCAAUUUGGCGAGUUUGGCAGCAAAAUCACUACCGCUGAGUCCGUGAACCAUCCUUCCGAGAUUCUGGACUUGCUGGUGUGCAUGCUGACAGCUGCCGCAGAACAUUUGCGCCGGAAGGACAUUUUGGAUCCGUUCCCAUUGGUCCAACUCCCAGGUCAAGGCACCAUUCUUCAUCCACAGGAGAAGAACUUCGAGAGGCUGCUGCCCAUCGUGGCGGAGCUGUUUAAAGUGAGAUCCAUGUGGGGCAAAACCAUGGGAGCAUCCUGGGCCACACAGACCUCUGCAAUGUCUCCGGAAGCUGCAGCACUGCUAAAGUGGACCGUAUCUUCAAAUCGCUCAUACCUGGCCCCCUUGGAGGACAGCCAGCGCAUAGAGGCCUUCAGGACACCCUUCCAGUACUUGCUGCUUUCUGCUCCUCCCGAGAAGGAACAACGUUUUCAAGAGCUCAAGAAGCAGUUUGGCACUUCAUUUGCCUUCCAUGGCAGCUCAGCAGAGAAUUGGCACUCGAUUCUGCGGAAUGGUUUGAAGAACGCUUCCUAUACGAAGUUGAUGACUGCGGGAGCUGCCCAUGGUCCUGGUAUUUACCUGGCUACAGACAGCAAGAUAUCCUUUCAUUACACCCGUUCUCUAAAGAGAGCAGCAGAUCAGCCGGCGCCAUUGAAACGACAGCGAACGGGCAACCGCUUCGUGGACAACACCGGCGGCCUGGCGAUGAUGGCCAUUUGCGAGGUGAUCUCGGACCAAGAGAAGCUGAAGAAACCCAAGAACGGGAUUUGGGUGGCGACCACUGAAGAAUUGGUUUGCACCCGCUUCUUCCUGGUCUUCGAAACGGUUCCAGAGGAGAACGUGAAAAUUUCAGCUUUGGAACAGGACCUUCGCACCUUGGCUGAAAAAGUCCGAGUCUUCUAAGUGCGAGCUCUGCAGAUGCGCAAAAAGGAAUCACUGAAAAUCAGUCAGAAAAGGAAGCAGAACUUGAGCCAGAGCAAUGCUCGGCAUGUUCGGGCUUCGAGCAGAACACGAUCUCGUCAAAUUGUCGGAUCUCGAAAUGGAUUCUGGGGCUGUGGGCUCCGAUCGGCAGAGUGUACAGAGGAGCGCUGCGAGGGUUCCUUUCAAAGGAAAAA